CGUGAGCUGCUGGCUGUAAGAUCUCUCAGCAAGCAGCAAUGUGAAGACAUGGCUCAACAGCUCCGCUGGGCAGAAGAGCAGUGCAGCAAGGCUGUGAGACUCUGGCAAUCUGCUGAGAAAGUGAAGGAAAGAAAGAUCAUGCAAAAACUGGCGAGACAACAGCUGGAACAACAGAGGUUGGAGGCGCAGAAGAAGAUGGAGCAGCUGGCAAAAGCCCUGACAGAGCUCCAGUGCCAGAAUGCUGCUCUGUGUGAUAACAUGUGCCAGCUGAGGCAGGAGCUGAACAAGCUGAAGAAAGGGCAGAAUAUCAAGCUGCAGGCAGAGCUGCAGGACGCUCAGAGGAAGAUGAAGGCCAUGGAGAAGAGGCACAAAGAAGAAAUGGAAAGGAUGCAUAAGGUCCUGCUGCAGUACAGCCCAGCUGAAGAAAAGCAGGGUGUGAGGUGAGUGUGGGAGAUCCAGAGAAGAAGUACACUGGAUGGAGACCUAUUGGCAGUGGGGGGUUUGGAACCGUUUAUAAGGCCUUCAACGCUGCCACAGGACGAG